AGACCUCAUUAAAACAUUUUUGUCAUUCUUCUUUUUCCGUUUUUAAAAUCGCGAGAAUUAGGGUUAGGUUUUGAUUCACACAAUCGAAACUAAAACCCCAAUUCACACUCAAAAUCUAAGUCUCCAUGGCAGCCAAAGCGCCGUCGUCGGAAGCUCAGCAGCAAGGCGGUGGUUCGGCUGGAACCAAGCCGGGGCUGCGCCAGCCGGUGUUCGUGAAGGUUGAUUCUCUGAUGCCUGGGACGACCGGACACACGCUCGUCGUGAAAGUGCUGGAAUCGACCACCGUUCUGAGCAAGAAGCCUCGGAAUCCGACUUUCCGUGGCGCACAGAAUCAGAAUACGAGGAUCGCCGAAUGCCUUAUCGGAGACGAGACGGGGACGAUUCUCUUUACGGCUCGUAACGAUCAAGUUGAGAUGAUGAAGCCUGGUAAUACGGUGAUACUUCGCAAUGCAAAGAUUGACAUGUUUAAGGGUUCGAUGAGGCUUGCUGUUGAUAAGUGGGGCCGUGUUGAGGUCACCGAGCCGGCAGAAUUUGUGGUCAAAGAGGAAAAUAAUCUCUCCCUUGUGGAGUACGAACUGGUCAAUGUCGAAGAAUCUUGAAAAGUUUGAAUUCCAUCUUGUGGAUAUUGGACUGCAAUCCACUUUCAUUAUUGGGUCUUGGUAUACAAGUUUUACUGGUUAUUUUGUCCUUUUUUGCCACUGAUUAUGCCAUCCAUAGGUCUUUUCUUGCUAUAGGUCUGAUUUAGUUGUGGACUUGUGGCAUUAAUUUUUCGGUGUGUAAACAGUAUGGUCACUUGAUUAUGCCAUAAUAUAUGAUCCCUUGUUCUCAAA